UGGGUGUAAAGCAAAGAGUGAUUACAACAGGCAUUAUUUUGCUAGCAUUUUCUGCAUGCCCAUGUGAACAAACAAAGUAAAUAGGUCACAUCGAUACGAACAGGAGUUACAUCACCACAUGGAAGCUACAGUUCCCUUCUAAGAACUAGAAAAAAGAUCUAGUGUUCAGAAGAUCAAUAUUCUAAAUGUGUGUGUGGGUGUGUGUUUCGAACAACUUGUAUGCAGACAUGUAGUGAUACACAAAAGAAGACACACGGCUGACAGACAUUUCUAUAUACAGUGAUGUAUGACCAGAACAAAAGUGUUUGGAGCUCUAGGGGCCUGCAACCUGAGGGGUAAUCAUCUCCGGCAGCUAAGAACAGUGAAUCGAUGAACCCAGUUAGUUCACCUUUCAAGUGGCCCUUCCAAGGUUAACGAAAGACCUUUAAUCGGAAGCAGCAGAUCGCUAGGAUGGAGAACUGGGGCAUCAGGAUGCCACUGAUGAUUGUGGAGUACUAUGCCACGCCACGCCAACAGGAGGGGGAGUCUGUGGUUGGGGCUAAUACCAUCUCCCACCCUCCCUCCCCCUUUAUGGAUCUAGUUCAGCAAGCAGAGUCAGCGGAGAACGAAGGUCAGCCUCCCUGCUCGUCUGAGGACACCGCUCAGCUUUGCGGUUCAGCUGAGGACGCCGCUCAGUCACCCGGGUUGGCUGAAGACGUUGCUCCGUCUCCUGACAUACCCAAGUACUCCCCUCUGUUCAACAACCCAGCACUCCACACCGCUCUACUUUCCUGCCCAGCUGAGGUCGUCACUCUGCCUUCAGGUUCUGCGGAGGACGUCGCUCUGCCUUCAUGUUCAGCUGAGGACAUCACUCUGCCUUCCUGCUCCGCUGAGUACAGCGUUCUGUUUUCCUGCACCGCAGAGGACGUUGCUCUGCCUUCCUGCUCCGCUGAGUACAGCGCUCUGUUUUCCUGCUCCGCGGAGGACGUCGCUCUGCCUUCCUGCUCGGCUGAGUACAGUGCUCUGUUUUCCUGCUCCGCGGAGGACGUCGCUCUGCCUUCCUGCUCGGCUGUGGACGUUGCUCCGCUUUCCUGCUCAGCUGUGGACGUCGCUCUGCCUUCCUGCUCAGCUGAGGUCGUCGCUUUGCCGUCCUGCUCAGCUGAGGUCGUCUCUCUGCCAUCCUGCUUCGUGGAGGACGUCGCUCUGCCUCCAUGUUCCGCUGAAGAGGCAGUUCCUCUUCUCUGCUGCGCGCCGUAUGUCACUCCCCUUUCCUGCUCCACGGAGGACAUCGUUCCCCCCUCAUGCUCCGCGGACAGCAUCGUUCCUCCCUUUUGCCUCGCAGAGAACCUCGCUCCUCUCCCUGGCCUCGCGGAAAUCGUUGAGCUUCCCUCGGGCCUUGCUGAGAACUUCGCUCCCCUCUCCUGCGGAGGAAGUUGUCCCGCUGUCCUGCCAUGCAGACUUCGCUCUGAGCUCCAGGCCCGCUGGGGGCGUUGCACCUUUUUUUUGCUCCGCUGAGGAGGCCGCUCAGUCUCCUGGUUCUUCUGGGGACAUUUUGCCCAGGGGGCCUGGACUGCCAGAUGGAGGGGGUGUAUGUUUGGGCGCUCCGGGAGUAGCGCCCUUGGGGGGGGGUUCUGUCAUGUAUCAGGAAACUCUGGACUCCAGUUCCCAUCAGCCACUGCACUGCACUACAUGUCACAUGACCACCUGCACCUGAUUCACGUUUCUGUUAAUGAGCACUCGUGUGUAUAUAUAGCCAUUGUCUGCACUGAUUCUCUGUCUUUUGUUGUCUUAGACUACCAUGUUCCCGUGUUUUGUUUCAUGCCACAGUAUUUUGCCUAGUUGUCUUAGUGUCUAUGUUUUGUUGUUUGUUUAUAUAAUAAAUGUUAUAUAUCUGC